GUGAUUGACAAAAUGAUUCAUGAUAAAAUUCAAUUUAGUUCAGCUAUACUUAAAAUAAUAUGGUCAAAGAAGUUACAUUGGCGUGAUCAAUCGUUUACACUUAAAGUUUGGGAGAAAAUGAAUGAAGGGAAUGUCUCACCAAAUUUCAAUAUUUUAUAUCAAGCAUUAAAGGUUGCAGCCAAGAGGGGUAAUGUAAUUGAAUGUCAACUAUACUAUGAUAAAAUCAAAGAAAUGAAAAAUUUAUCAAAUUAUCAAUGGGAAUGUGUACAUUCUACUUAUAUUUCUGGAUUAGAAUUUGAUCCAAUUGCAGCUCAAGCUUUUUAUGAUAAUCUACCAAAACAAUCAACCAAAGCAAAAGUUGCUGUUUUAAAUGUAAUAGCUAAUUCGAAACACAUCACACCAACAAAGUUGAUUGAGAUAUUAUCUACACUUCCUGAUAAUGUUAAAGUUGUAGGAUAUGGUUCAAUCAUGCGUGGAAUGUCAAAAAGGGCAUUAUACUACGACGUUAUUAGUGUUUAUAAUCACUUAAAAAGAAGUAAUCUAAGUUAUGAUUCACAUAUUCUAGGAAUACUCAAACCUUUAGUAAAGGCUUAUUCAGAAUUGGGGAUGUAUAAUAAAGCUAUAGAAUUAUUAGAUGAACAUAAUGGGAAGCUAUCAGUUGGAUUGAUACACCCAUUACUCAAUAACUUGGCAUUCAAUAGAGAAAGAUAUGGUGUAUGGUGGAUAUGGUCCAAUAUGCUAACCAGAUGGGAGGUUUCACCAAAUUCAACAACCUUGAGUAUAGCAUUGAGAGCAGCAUUUCAACAACAUAUAUCACAACAAGAUAAAUCACAAACAGGAACUUAUCCGUGCGAUUACUUUAUAGUUGAAAAAUAUCACGAAUCAUCGUUUAAAUACCACAUUAAAGAACUAGGAAGAGGUUUUAAAGCUGAAUUUAGAGAGAUGACCGGUACACAUUCAAUGUCAGAUGAUAGAUUAGAACAUUCAGAGAUGUUUUGGAGAAAAAUGGAAGCAGUUUUUAGAACUAUUGUUUUACAGCAACAUCCUGAACUAUCCACGAUUGAGCCGCCAGUCGAGCUAAAGAACGAACCAAAUUGGGAUAAACUGAUAUUUAACCACUUCGAUAAAUCUAGGCAUAAUAAUAUAUCGAUCAAUAGUGAACAUUUCGAUGCCUACGUUAAAAUACUCUUUGAUAAGAGGACGAGCGGUUCAUAUGAGAACACAAACUUAAUAAUGUUAUCAUUAAGUUGGAUGAGAAGCUUAGGAUUUAUACCAUCUAGACAAACUAUUUUCAGAAGUAUCAUCUCACUUAAUGAAAGUAUAUCACCAAUGUUUAUGUCCGAUAUUAAAAGGAUUAUAGGAAAUUCAGUCAAUAAUCAAGAGCAACAGGAUUUACAUAGUCAACUAUUUGCAUUAGAUGCAUUCAACAAGAGUAAAGAUGUUGAAUUAUUCUAUAAAUGGCUAAGUGAAUGGAUAGAAAUACCAAAUGAAUUAGACAUAUUUAUCUUCUGGAAUGCAGAAAUAAAGAGAAUUUCAACAGAAAAUUGAUUAACAUCUUUCUUCUCUUUCUUUCUCCAACUUUGUGAUAAGAUUCCAGUGAUC